GACCAAUCAGCGCGCCUCAGGUUGGCCGGUGCGAGGAGCGGGGUUGGCUUCCGCGGGAGUAAGCGGGCCGCGGAGAGGAAUCGGCGCGGGUGACAUUUCCUCUCGGGCCGCCCCUCUCUGCCGCUGCCGGAGCGGGGCCCCGAGAAUGGCAGCGUUAGGAGAACCAAGUAAGUUUUCACAAACACUGAACGGAAUUCCUUCUUCAAACCCAGUCAGCAGUGGAAUGGACCCCUUCCAUGCUUGUAGUAUUCUUCAACAGCUGAAAACCAUGUAUGAUGAAGGACAGUUGACAGAUAUCGUAGUGGAGGUGGAUCAUGGGAAAACAUUCUCUUGUCACAGGAAUGUUCUUGCUGCGAUCAGUCCUUACUUCAGAUCUAUGUUCACUAGCGGCCUUACAGAGAGUACCCAGAAAGAAGUUCGUAUAGUUGGUGUUGAAGCAGAGUCAAUGCAUUUAGUAUUGAACUAUGCAUAUACCUCCAGAGUAAUGCUGACAGAGGCCAACGUUCAAGCUUUGUUCACUGCAGCUAGUAUCUUCCAGAUCCCUUCCAUACAAGACCAGUGUGCUAAAUACAUGAUCAGUCAUUUGGACCCACAGAACUCCAUUGGGGUGUUUAUCUUUGCUGAUCACUAUGGUCAUCAGGAACUCAAAGACAGAUCACAAGACUACAUUCGUAAAAAGUUUCUGAGUGUCACCAAAGAGCAAGAGUUUCUUCACUUGAGAAAAGACCAACUGAUAAGUAUACUCGACAGUGAUGACUUAAAUGUAGACAAAGAAGAACACGUUUAUGACAGCAUUAUAAGGUGGUUUGAGCAUGAACAACAUAAGAGAGAAGUGCACCUUCCAGAAAUAUUUGCCAAAUGCAUCCGUAUGCCUCUGUUGGAAGAGACAUUUUUAGAGAAAAUCCCUCCCGUGUUUGCACAGGCUAUGGCCAAAAGCUGUGUACAAAAGGGACAACAUAGUGCCAAUGGCUAUACACAACGGCUUGGAAUGACCGCUUCUGAAAUGAUCAUAUGCUUUGAUGCUGCCCACAAACACUCAGGAAAGAAGCAAACAGUGCCUUGUUUAGAUUCGGUCACAGGGAGAGUGUUUAAACUAUGCAAGCCACCAAAUGACUUGAGGGAGGUUGGAAUUCUUGUAUCUCCUGAUAAUGAUAUUUAUAUUGCGGGUGGUUACAGACCGAGCAGCAGUGAGGUCUCCAUUGACCACAGAGCAGAGAGUGAUUUUUGGAUGUAUGAUCACUCUGGCAAUAGGUGGAUUCCGAAAGCUCCUUUGUUGCGAGCCAGGAUAGGCUGCAAACUGGUUCAUUGCUGUGGUAAACUGUAUGCAAUAGGUGGUCGUGUUUAUGAAGGAGAUGGACGUAACUCACUCAAGUCUGUGGAGUGUUACGACAGCCGAGAGAACUGUUGGACAGCUGUCUGUCCAAUGCCAGUAGCAAUGGAGUUUCAUAGUGCUGUGGAAUAUAAGGAUAACAUCUAUGUUUUACAGGGGGAAUUUUUUCUCUGCUAUGAUCCUCAGAAGGAUUACUGGGGCUUUUUGACCCCCAUGACUGUGCCUAGACUCCAAGGCUUGGCAACUGUGUACAAUGACUCCAUCUACUACAUAGCUGGAACCUGUGGAAACCAUCAACGUAUGUUUACCGUAGAGGCCUAUGACAUUGAACAAAAUAAGUGGACUCGAAAAAAAGACUUCCCUUGUGAUCAGUCCAUUAAUCCAUAUAUAAAACUCGUACUCCUCAAAAACAAACUCCAUCUGUUUGUCAGAGCUACUCAAGUCACUGUUGAAGAACAUGUUUUCAGAACCAGCAGGAAGAAUUCGCUCUACCAGUAUGAUGAAGUUACUGACCAAUGGCAAAAGGUCUAUGAGACUCCAGACAGGCUCUGGGAUUUGGGCCGGCAUUUUGAAUGUGUUGUUGCUAAAUUGUAUCCGCAGUGUCUUCAGAAAGUUAUUUAAAUCUUGUUUGUUUUCAGUCACAGGCCUUAGUGAUUUCAGUGGUGAUCUGAUGCUAGAGAAAACAUGUCUUAAAAGAAAACAAAGAAGUCAUGUCAGUAUUUAUUGUAAGCUGAAACAGACCGUUUUUUGUGUAUGGGGACGGGUGCUCUUCAAAGGUUGCAGUCUGGGGAGGGAAUACUGGUUCAGUUUCAUAUUUACUGAUGCUUUCCUGGGAAAUGAGAAGGAGGUUACAAAGUGCAAUUAUCAGCAUUUUUUUUUUUUUCCUGGUAAACACUUGUUUACCAUGAGUAGUCAUGUCAUACUAGAGGGGUGGUUUUGUGGUAAGAGCUAAUUAAGUGGAAGAGCCAGGAUAACUAUGCACUACAGUUAAAGAAAAUCUAGCAUUACUAGCUAAGGAUGUCCAAGAUGUUUGGAAGUGACUUUUCUUUCUUUUUCCUUUCCUUUUUUUUUCUUUUUUUUUAAAUACGGGUAAAUUUUGAGGCAAUAUCACUAUGUUGGUUUUCUUUGGUUGUUUAUUAUUCUAGAUUGAAAGUGCAUAGAGGAAUGAUAGAUCCUGAUUCAUAAUGAUCUCCCUUUUUUUUUUUUUUGUACUAUUUUUGAAGUCUGCGAAGAUGUUUUGUGAUGUUUGUGCACUACAAUUUAGGAGGAAAACUCGAGUCCUCAAGUCAGAAUUGGAGCACAGAGUACCUUUGACCUGGACGGAUCCCGUUCACAUUACUGUACCACUUCUUGUCUGUGGAUUUCUGAGCUUAAAGAUGAGGGGGGAAUCCCAACACCUAUUUUCUGCCACAUAGGCAUAGUGUUGUAAAACCAUAUAUUUUUUUUUUAACACUGCUUAACACCUUUUUUUCCAUCCCAUAAAGGGCUUUAACCCAAAAGUUGAUGGUGCUAGUACGUUUUUAAUACUUGUUUGUCUGAAAUGGGCCAGCUUUAUGCUACUGUUUAAGACAACUCGUUAUUUUCCAUGAAAUGUGUCUGUCGUGAGGCCCUGUCCUGUCAUCAGGUUGUCUUUUUUAGCAUAACAUUUUUACUGCAGUGAUAUUCUUGCACAGAAUGGUGACAGGAUACGGCCUUCAUAAUAGUGAUUAUUUUUCUUUUCUUUCUGUGUGGAGUGUUCACUUUGUCUCCACUGAAGUACAGUGCUAUGUGCAGAGUUGGCGUGUGCUCCAGUAGUUUGGAAAAGUGUGGCUUAACUUUACAAGUUGUUCUUGUCUCCCUGCAGUCAAACCCUCAAUUCCUCUUUCAUUCUGAUCUAUAAUGUGAAAAUUUGCACUACUGAGCUGUCCUCAUUACGUGGUGUAUUAAAGGAAAAUUGACAAUAAGUGUCUGUGGCUUAAAUGCUCUGAGGUGCAAAUACGUAAUAGGAAUCCAACGUAUUGCAACACUUUACGUACUUAACAUCUAGUUUAUUUUUGAGUGGUAAAUGAGUUCAAAGUUCAGCCUCUACUUCAGUACUGAAAACUGGAUUUAAAAGGGAAAAGAUGAAUCCUAAAACUCGUAUCGGCUGUAACUCACCAGGUUUACUUUGUUACGGCUCUAAUUUUUGUAGAGCUGUGACUGUUAUCUUACGCUUCCCUGUUUUCUCCAAUUGACCUAAGGAAAUCAGUUAACUUGAAAUAGCAGUGGCCAUCGCUGGCUGUAAAUGCUUACCACUAUCUGGCUUCACAGCUGAUAUUUCAGUAAGCCAAAUAUUUAGCUUGUUGUUUAUCCCCCCUGGCAUGGCUGAGGAUUUUGAUACUGUUUGUUUACAACGUGGUGUUACUGUUCCCAAAUGGGCUCUUUCUCAUCCACAACAAUACAUGCCUGGUUCUGUUUCUUAAUUCUUGCACAAAGUGUUUAAAAGGCAAAAGCAAACACAAAAACUGUGAAAUGAAAAGGAGAAAAAAAGAAAAAGCCUCUUUGCAUUACAUACCUCAUCUUCCAGAGACUCACCAAGCCGCUGCUUUUGAACAUGAGCGCCUGAAUUGACACUUCUUGCUAAGUUGCAUUU